AUGACUUCAUCUAUUUCAACAGGAACGGUAGUUGGUUUGAAUACUGGCUUUAUUGUGACCAAAAGACCACAACAACCUAGACCAAGUUCACGUAAGGGGAAGCUUUCCGCAAGAAAUGCCUUGGUUAGACAGGUAAUCCGUGAAGUUGCAGGUUUUGCACCAUAUGAGAAGAGAAUGAUGGAGUUACUCAAGGUUGGAUCUGCAUCAACAGCAAAGAGAGCAAUGAGAUUUGCUAGGGCACGUUUGGGAACUGAAAGAAGAGCCAAGAAGAAGCGAGAUGAACUUGUAGAUAUCAUUCAGCAACAGAGAAAAAGGGCAGCAUAA